GGACCCAGCUGGCGCGCGGGCUCCCCACUCCGGCGCCUCCGCGACGGCUCCCAGGACCGUCAGCCCGCCUCGCAGGUGAGGUGGGUCCGGAUGGGGUCCUGCCAGGGUCGGGGCCGGAGAGGAGCAGCCUGAGGCCCCGAAGUCACUACUGCCUGCAGUUGGCUGAGGAGAUAUGGGGUACCUACGCUUGCAGGAGGGCAGUGAGGGGCUGACCACGAGCCGCGCGUGGAUGGACGGACGGACGGACAGACGGACGGACAGAGUGUGGAACUCACUGGUCAUCUGCGGGACCCGCUGACUGAGCAGAAGGAUGUGGGUCUGCCUGACCAGUUGCGUGUGUCUGGUCGUGUAUUUGCAUCUGAAUCGUCUUGGUGGGGGUUUCUGACUGACAGGCUGAGAGUGUGUGACCGGCCGGUAGGACGAUGUCUGACCGGCCCUAUCAAGUGUGGGGCCGACAGAGAUGUUUGAGAUUUUUGUCUGAGGUUCUAGUGAUUUGCGUGAGAGGGUGUGUCUGUGACUGACUGUGUGUGAUUUAAGGUGUGACUGAGAGUCUGUGUGUGUCUGACAGGCCGAGACCGUGACCGGUGAUUAUGAGUAAAUGUUGGAACGGUGCUGUAUGGUGGUGACGCUCCGAAGGCCUUUGUUUACUUGACUGGCUGUGGGUGACACUGAGACAGUUCUGAUGCCGGGUGUAUUUGGCGAUAUGACUGACAGACCGUGCCUGAGACAGGAUGUGUGCCUAUAACUGUGACUGACUGAGAUUUUGGGUGAUUUGCAGAGAGUUUACCAAGUGUGUGACAGGGAGUUUGUGCUUUGCCAUGUCUGUAGCUAAAAUGAUGUAACCAGCAGUCACCCAGCUGGGUUUAUGUCCCCCAACACCUUCUGUGGGCUGAAGUCUGGCAGGGGGCCGUGGCGUCAUCAGAUUGGCAUCUCCUGCCUGUUUGCGGUGUGACAAGCCUGUUACCAGGUUGGGUACUAGUAAGAAGUGUUGCCGAAAUUUGGCCUCUGUACCCCAAUUACCAAAUGAAGACUUGAAGACAGUUUUGGGUGAAGCAGAAAAGACAGCUUUAUUUCUUUUGCCAGGCAAAGGCAGUCACAGUAGGCUCGUGCCUUUGAAACUGUGAGCCCAUUUUAGAGAGGGAUAAUAGGAGAUUUUGUAGCAUGGUGCUUCUGUUCAGCAUCCCGGAUACAGGCUGCGCUGUCUUCCUCUUGUGCAGCUGCGUGGGUGACGGGGCCUCCUGUUCCUGAGGUUUUCAGACUAUGUCCUCCCCCUUCAUCGGUCCCAGGUCUGGUGUUUGUCCUCUGUCCCGGGGGGUUAAUGAGCCAUAUCUCUUGACAUUCCUGUGCCUGGAACAAAGGGUGCUCAGGGAGGGGGUCUGUGGGCUUGUGUUCUAAGGAAAAGAAAAAUUUGUGCAGUUUCAAAUCAGACUCAAGCGUACUUCAGCGUGACAGAAGCCAUUUGAAGUGUGGUUACAGGAGCAAGCUUACCUAAGUUGGUUAAGUAGGCGUGAACAGGGAACUUCAACUUGAAGUGAGGUCAGCACAUUGGGGGUGGGUUGAGCAUUGUCCCUGUCCAUGUGUCUCAGAGACUUUCAUCAGAGAUCUUCCAGAACAGCAGUUCCAAGAGUACAAAAGGGAGCUUGGAAACUGUUGCUGCAUUUGUUGUCAGUCCUGCCACCCCUGCACCCCCUCCUCUGAGCAACAAUUCCCUGCAUCAAACUCCACCUUUCCUGGUCCCUUUCUCCAUUUGCUCAGCACCUGUUUACUGUGCACUUGCUAUAGGCACUGUGACUCCAGCAUGUCCAGUCUCUCUGGGGAAACUGUAUGGUUAGAGCACAGAGCUGGGGGAAAAGAGACCCAGGGCACUCAGAAGGGUACUGAGCCUGCCCCCAGGUGCUGGGGCAGCUCUUGGAGAAGGUGACAGCUAACGUGGGGCCUGGAGGACUAGGAGAAGGUAGACAGGUGCAGAGAGGGAUUUAGAGCAAGAGAAUAACAGGGACAGAGGAACUGCGGAAUUGGGCUAACGGCAAACAUGGCUGUUACAGUGGGGUCAGGGCUGGAACACAGCUUUGCUAGAGAUCACCGGCUGCGAGUGAAAGGUUUCAGGAUUGGGGUCUUGUUUUGCUAAUGUGCGCUUCUCCAUCUGCCCAAGGCCGUGGCUCAAGUGCCAACGUUCCUCACCUGUCAUUUUGAGUGUCACGUCUCAGCAGGUGUGAAGUGGCAUCUCUUGGUGGUGUUUGAUUUCGCCUUCUCUGCUAGGUGACGACGUCGAGCUUCUUUCCAUGUGCUUAUAGGCACAUUUGUAUAUCUUUGGAGAAAUGUCUAGUCAAACCCUGUGCCCAUUCUUUAAUUGGAUCACUUGUGUUUUUAUUAUGGAGUUGUUCUAGAUUCAGGUUCCUUAUCAGAUAUACGAUUUGCAAAUAUUUUCUCCCUUUCUGUAGAUUUCCUUUUCACCUUCUUGAUGGUGUCCUUCAGAUCACAAAUGUUUUUAAUUUUGAUGAAGUCCAGUUAUCUGUUUUACUUUUGUCACUUAUCUAAGAUGGUUUUUUUUUUAAAUGUAUGUGGAACAUUCAACAUAUUUUUAAGUGUAAGUAUAUACACUGGGUCACAAACCACAUCUCAGCAAAUAUCAAAUGAUUGAAAUUGACCAAAGCCCAUUUCUGAGCACAACAGACUUAAAUCAGUGGUAAAAAGACAAUUGGAAAACUCCAAAUUGUUUGGAAAAGAGGCAGCAGAGUUCUAAAUAGCCCAUGGUACAAGAAGAAGCCACGAUAGAAAUUGGAAAAUAUUUUUAACUAAAUGAUAAUGAAUAUGCAAAACCAAACUUGUGUGUGUACAGCUAAAGCUGUGUUUAGAGGGAAAUUUAGAGUCUGAAAUACAUGUCUUAGAAAUUAAGAAAGGCUAAACAUCAGCUAUCUACGAAUCCAUCUCAGAAGCUGCAAAACAAUUAGCAGAGAAAGUAAGGGAAGGAGCAUGGGGCUGCCUGGGGAGGGGGCAUGUGAGACCAGAGACAGCCCAGGCUCUGUGCAGGGAGUGUGCCUGAAGCAGACUGGCCACGGGGUCCAUCUGCCUGGGUCUGUAGCUCAGCCACCGCCCUUCCUUUCACUGUCCAGGAAACUGGGCAAAUCUUUUCCUCCUGUCUGACUCCAUACCCAUAAAAUGGAAGGAAAGUUCUCACCUCCUGAGUUUGCUGUGAAUUUUAAAAGAGUUACUAUAUGCGAGCAUUUAGGAGGGUGCUCAGCACCACGCGGGUGCUGCCCUGAUGGUUUUGCUCAUCCGUGUCUCUGUGAGAGUGAGUCACAUCUCAGAGGCCCCAAGCCCGCAUCUGCCCUGCUCAGCAGGCAUGAAGCAGGGCCCCAGGUUCACAUGACAACCAAGUUCUAAUCUUCCGGCAGACCCUGUUGGAGGCCCUGGCCGUCCUAUAUCUCAUCAGAGGUCUGCCGCCCAAUGGCCACCCCCAGCAGCCCCUUGAGCCCAGUGCCCGGGGACCAAGAUAGCUUUCUAUGGGUGAAGGUGGAGUUCCAGGCCCAGGACUCUGGCUGUGGCCACACUGCCCACCCCGAGGCUGCAUGUCUGCGCCUCCUGCAUUUCCGCUGUGAGGAGGCAUCCAACCCACAUGAGGCCCUGGCCCGGCUGCGAGAGCUGUGCUGCCAGUGGCUGUGGCCCGAGGUGCACUCCAAGGAGCAGAUGCUGGAGCUGCUGGUGCUGGAGCAGUUCCUGGGCGUGCUGCCGCCUGAGAUCCAGGCCUGGGUGCGGGGCCAGCACCCCAAGAGUGGCGAGGAGGCUGCUGUGCUGGUAGAGGAUCUGACUCAGGCCCUGGACCAGAGAGGACGGGAGCUGGGGUCUGAGCUCUCAGAGGCAAACUGUAAGCAGAAGCUCAAAGAGUCGGAGCCGUGAUUCGGGGCCUCCGAAACCCUGGUGGGAGGGCUUUCCCUGGGACCCGCCCUCAGCAAGGCCUGCGAACCCCAGGGCAGCUCAGAGAGGCUGGCCAGGCUCUCAGGGAGAUGGACAAAGUCUGCCACCCAGGAGAUGGGUUUCAGGAGGACCCCCAUAGACCAGCUGGGCCGUGAAGCCAGGGCCUCGGGGGAAGGUCCUGCUGUGUGGCCAGACUUCACCUCUGGAGAGAAGACUCCUUCCGAAGAGAAACUGGGGCGGUUGGUGGUUACCGGACAGGGCCCGCCUGCACGUCCUCAGAAGGGGUCCUCCAGGUGCGGCAAAUGUGGGAGCACGUUCCAAGCCGGUGGCCCUGGGGGCGCACAGAGGAGCCACUCGCGGAAGUGCGGGGAGGCCUUGGGCCGCAGCAUCCACCUGGCCCAGCACCACGUCGUACACACCUGGGCAAAGCUGCACGCAUGUGCGGAGCAUAGGAAGGCCUUCAGCCGGGUAACGCAUCUGAGUCAGCGCCGGAGGGUCCACACCAGGGAGAAGUCCUACAGGUGCGAGGCCUGUGGCCGCACCCUCAGUGACUGCUCGGCCCUGAUCCAACACCUGAACUCCGGAGAGAAGCCCUAUCGUUGUGAGGUUUGUACAAAGGCCUUUGCGCAGAGCUUCUCCCUCAUCAAGCCCCGGAGGGUCCACGCCUGCCAGGAGCCCUACAGAUGCAGCGACUGCGGGAAGACCUUCAGCCGCAGCUCCGCACUCACGGUUCACCUGAGGGUCCACGUCACCCCGCUGCCCUGACUGGAGUGAGCCCUCAGGGUGGCCCCACCUCCACCAGAGACCCUGAGUUCCCAAAGGGGUGGGAGGGGCGGGGUGGGGGACUGAUGAGAUUCCCCAGAGUGACAAGGUGAUUCAGGGCAGGCUCUGGGCUGUCUGGUGACAGCUCUUCAUUAGGGGACCCAGAUGGAGGCCCCUGGUGAACAUAAAGGUAUUCAGGCCAGCUGGAGAAGCUUCCAGAAGGCUCCUGCCACCCUCCAUACCCUGCUCAGGCCCUUCUCAGAGAGAGCACAGCUGAGCUGACAAUGUGGAUCAUUCCUUGGAGCCAGGGCAGCUGGGGUCAAGUUGCUCUCGGGACUCAGUGGUCCCCAGGGGCUUGGUGCCGGGUGUCUCCGGCUUCACAUUCACACGUGGUGUCUUUUCUCGCCCAUUCCCUCCGGCUUGGCCCAGGAGGGGCACCUGCCCAGCCCACCGCUGUGCCCUCGCACCUGGUGCCUCACUCGGUCCAUUGUGUCUCACUCCACGGCCAACUUGAGAGGCUGCCUUUCCCAAGGAGACUCUCUAGACCCUCAGCCUCUCUCCUACCUUCCCUGUUCUAAUCCAGGGCACCACAUGACACCCACCCGGCAUGCACUUCUCCUGCCCUGCCCCCUAGUCUUACUAGGCAUGUGCCCUGUUGGUUUUACUUAAAACCAUCUCUCAUCCAUCUGCUGCAUCAUUGUUACCUGUCAUCUGGAUUCUGGCAGGGUCUCAUUCCUGACCCUUCCUGCCUUCAUUUUACACACACAGACACACAACAUGCACCCCCCGCCCACACACACACACACACACUAUUGUUUCAUUCUCCACACUCACCUCCAGCAGGCAACCUGAAUACAAUUAUGUCUCCACGGUGGGAAGCUCCCCAGGGAAUGGGUGACAAGCAUGCCAAGACAUAAGUCGCUUUGGGUGCCAAGCAGUCUCUCCAGGUACCUUCUUGUGUGUAUAUGAAUAUUGUCACCUUUCUAUGCGUGCAGUGAUGUGAAGAUGGUUUCAGAGUACUGCCUUGUGGGACAAGGCUCAAACUCCACCUGCCAGUCACAAUCAUUUGCAACCCAGCCCUUGGCCUCAUCCCCCGUGGCCCCACCAGCCACAUGAAACAACUUCUGGUUCUGAAGAAACCAUACUUUUUUCCUGCCAUACGUGCUUUUGUACCUGUGCCUGGAGCCCUCAUCUCUUCUUGCCUCCAGGAUGUUUCAAAUGUCCUCCGCAACCUCAGACAGACUUCAGCUUGCCCUUCCUGCUUCCAGAGUGCCUCAUACUUACUUCUCUUAGACCUCCUACCAUAUUCUAGUUACUCCUUGCAGAGCUGUAGUUUGUGUUUUCCAAGGACAUCGAGCUGCUCAGAGCAGGGGCCAUGUCUUACUCUCAGUGUCCUCAGCGCAUGGGGCAACGGGCCCUGACCAAUGUCUGCUGAAUGAAUGACUGAUGCUUUCCCGGGGGCAGUCACCAGGCUCCACCCUGCAUUGUCCUUAUAGAUGGCUAGGUGGCCAUCUCCCCACCAGCUGUGGGCCCUAUGGGGCAAGAACAGUCUGUAACAAUCAGACAAGCCUGGCAGGUGGUGGCCGCUGUACAGUGUUACUGCACUCAGUCUGCCCUUUCCAUGGCGCCAGACCUCCUGUACCAGCAUCCUGUCAGUGUGCCCUCUGGCCUCUCACUAUUCUGUACUGUCCCUCUUUCAGGGUCCGUGUCUGUAACUGGAUGUCACAGCCUCUGUCCCCAACUGCCAGGUUGCAGCCUCCUUGCCUCUGUUUCUGAUGACCCCACUGUCUGUGCACCAUUUGACCCCGUCAGUGUUGUGAACCGUCAUUGUCACCAUCUUGCCCUGUGUCUCUUCCUCUUGUCUUGGAUUUGUCCCUCUGUCUCACGCGUAAACAAAGACUGGUGAGUGAGGUCCAGGAUAGGAAGGCUGAGACCCAGAGAGACUGAGAGUUUGUGUCAGUGCCUCUGAGAGAGCCCUAGAUACGUCUAGACACAGACUGGCUCCCACACGUGGUGCAGCUGAGGCCGAGACUGAGGGAAAGUUGACGGGCGGAGGGAAAAGCCGGCGGUGAGAGAUGCAUGUUGCCAGUGACAUCAAGCCUCCAACAGGCUGCAGGGCCCCCGCCUCCCUGGGCUGCUUUGGGGACCUGGGAUAAGUGACUUCCCUGAGCCUCAGUUACCUGCUCAUCUGUAGAGAGGGAAUAAUGAGACCUGAUCCAGGGCCAGGCUCCUGGCUGUGACUUGUGGCCUCCGACUCCACCUCUACGCUCCCACUCACCUGACUUUGCACUGAGGAAACCAGUCUCCUUCCCCCUGGUGCUCUGAGCAUCUCUAACACCCACUUGGCCUCGAGAGUGUGUCUGCCAUGUUUGUCUAAAGGGGAGGGAGGUCCAGGGAAGAAAGGAAUCUUUAUUAAGGGCCUACCUGUGUUGGUCAGUCUGCCAAAUGAUUUAUAUACAGCACCUCAUUUAAUCCUCACACAACCACCCCAUUCACCAUAGGCCGGGACGAGGGGUUUGAGCCUAAGUGACCGGCCAGGCUUACACUGCCAGGGUAGGAGCACUUGGACUCGAGAGCAUGUUCACAUGUGUCAGCAGUUUCAACAAGCACGACUAUGCCUCGCAGACCACACCGAGCAAAUAUAAUAGACUGGAUUUCUGUCAGAUCCAAGCGUAUGUUCUUUAGAAGAAACACACCUAAAACAAGGACACAGGAGAGUUGAGGGCAAAGGAAUAGAAAAGGAUACCCGAGGCGGGCAUGAAGCUGAAGAAAGCUGAUGGAGCAGUGUUAAUUUCAGACAAAAUAGAUGUUAAUAUGGAAAAGCACUGUUUUUUUUCCCCUUAACGGAGGUGCUAGAGAGUGAACCCAAGACAUCCUGCACGCCAAGCACCCACUCUGCCAGUCAGCCACCCUACAGAAGAGCAUUGUUAAGGUCAAAAGAUCACUGUUUUUUGAAAAAAGGAACAGUGCAUUAGGAUGAUGUAAUAGUUUGAAACCAGGCAGGUUAUAACAGCCUUGUUAUGGGACAGAAUCACAAUGAGAAACUGAUGAAACCAUAAGUGUAGUUGGGAAUGCAAUCACAUUCUUUGCAAUGACAGUGGAAAGAAUAUUGAAGAAAUAAUGCUGGAAACUUUCCCAGUCUGGCAGAAAGUAUAAACUUAAGGUUCAGAAAGCUCAGUGAACCCAAAAUAGCAUAAUCUCAAAGAAAUCCAUACCCAGACCCAUCAUAAUCAACGCUGAAAACUAAAAACAAAUUUUAAAAUUUGGAAAACAGCCUGAGAAAAACUAUGUAUCACAAAAAGAUUGAUACAAAAAGAUCAUAGAUUUCUUACCAGAAAUUGUGAAGGCCACAGGGCAGAGAAAACAUUUUUAAGUGCUGAAAAAAAAGAACUGUCAGUCCAGAAUUCUAUAUGCAAUGAAAAUACACUUCAAGAAUGAAAGCAAAAUACAGACAUCCUUAAAUGAAGCAAAAACUAAGACUGUUGCCAGCAGGCCUAUUCUAAAAGAAAUGCUAAACGAAGUUAUUUUAGAAGGAAGGGAAAUGACAGCAGAAGGAAAAUGAAAAGUAGUAGGUUGCAUAUAUUUGAUCUUUAAGAUAUGCAUGACUGUGGAAAGUGAAAUUUGUAACGUUGUCUGGGAGAGUUUCCAGUGUAUGUUGAUGUGGUAUAUAUGACGACUGUAGCAUAAAGAGCAGAGGGCAUCAA